CAGCCUUGUCAGCGUUAGGAUCCGGGCUGCCAACCUCCGCGAUUUUGGGAUUCCCACCGGGCAGCGCCGUCCAAAGGCCACCCCGCAAGCUGAUAAAGCGAAAAAGAAACAAGUGGAAGAGCGGAAGAAAACUGGAUUCUCAUAAAACCCCUGGAUUAUCAGGUUUCUGCUGGACGCCACUUCCCAGAUGAUCCUCCGCUCCGGCCGCGCCUCGGUGGAAGGGCUCCGCCAGCACUCCUGUUUUAAAUCCUGACCUCGUCGGUUCCCCCUCUGAUUUUGGGAAAACCUGGAGCGGGUUUGGGAAGCACCAUGGUUUGGUGCCUGUGCUUAAUGUCCGAGGACGAGAAAAAUGCCAUGGUGAUCGAUAAAGAAAUCAGCCGGCUGCUCCAAGAACAGAAGAAACGAGAUCGGCAGGAGUUAAAGUUACUACUGUUGGGCACCGGGGAAGGUGGAAAAAGUACCUUCAUCAAACAGAUGAGGAUUAUCCAUGGAGUGGGAUUCACGGAAGACGAACGGAAGGAAUUUGCCAAAGUGGUCUAUCAAAACAUCUUCACCUCUGUCCAGGCCAUCAUCAAAGCUAUGGAGAGCCUGCAGAUUCCUUACGGCCAGGAGGAGAAUGCACAAAACGCCCGGCUGCUUCUGAGCGUUGAUGCCUACAAAGUGGCCUCCCUGGAGCCCCACCACGCCAGGAUCAUCAGUGGCCUCUGGAAGGAUGCUGGCAUCAGGACUUGUUAUAAGAGGAGAAGUGAAUUCCACCUGCUCGAUUCGACGUCCUAUUUCCUUUCGAAUCUGGAUCGCAUUGCUUCUGAGGGGUAUAUGCCAAACUCCCAGGAUAUUCUGAGAACUCGCGUGCCCACGACGGGCAUUAACGAGUACUGCUUCUCGAUGCAAAAGGUGACAUUAAGGAUCGUUGAUGUUGGUGGGCAGAAAACCGAACGCCGGAAAUGGAUCCACUGUUUCGAAAACGUGAUUGCCUUGAUCUACCUGGCCUCUCUGAGCGAAUAUGAUCAGAAGCUGGAGGAGAAUAAUACUGAAAACCGAAUGAGGGAGAGUUUAGAUCUCUUCAGGACCAUUCUGGAACUGCCCUGGUUCUGGAACAACUCGAUUAUCCUCUUCCUGAACAAAAUGGACAUCCUGGAGGAGAAAAUCCUCACCUCCGAUUUGGCUGCCUAUUUCCCCACUUUCCCAGGUCCCAAGCGAGACAUUCACGCGGCCAAAUGCUUCAUCCUGGAGAUGUACAGCGACAUCUUCCAUCAGUUUCUCGACGGGCCUCUAUGCAGCGGUUCCCCUUCGUCCUCCCGACCCCGGUUCCUUUACCACCAUUACACCUGCGCCACCGACACGCAGAACAUCUGCGCGGUUUUUGCAGAUAUCAAGGACGCCGUUCUGGCAAGCUACUUGGAAGAGUUUAACCUGGUUUGAAACAAGCCGGCUCCAGCUGCAUCACGGAAUUUCUGGGCUCGCCAUCCAGAUGUUGCCUCGGACUCGUGAGAAAGCGGAGAGACUGAAUUCACAAGGAAGCAUUCCUGUGGGUGGAGCCGGGGUGAAGGAGAGUCACUGUUUCUCAUAUCCUUUGCCCCGUCUUCCUGUGGGAACCUUGGAUAGAACUGGGGCAGAGGGGAUAUUCAGCCGGUUUGGAGCGGUUCGCCCGAACCGGUUGUGGAAAUUGCAGGCGGGGCUUCCCACCCGCUCCUGCUCUGUGCCGUCCUAUUUAGGCACGUUUUCAAGCCACGCGCAUGCCAGCAAGCCGCGCACGACAGUAAAGCACAUGCACGGAAGGCUGUGUGCAUGCGUUGAUGCGCCCGCUCACAUUUGCGAACCAGUUGGUGAAUGCCUCCCCUGAACUGGGGGCAAUCUAGAGUCCCACUGCUGGGCAGGAUUUUUUGAAAUAAUGUUGCAGCUGCACCACUGAGCAGAUGUAC